CCAUUGGGGGCGGCGGUCAUGGCCCAGGACGACGCCGAACCAAUAACCGAGCGCGCAUUAACGCGCGUCCUGGGCUACGUCGACCCGGUAGCGCACGCCCUGGCGACGAAAGCCGCCGCGCGCGACGAAACCACCAUCGCCGCCGCCCUGAAGAACGUGCUCGGGCCCGAGGCCGCGCGGGCGGUGCAGGAGGCGGUGCAGGCGCGCCAGGGGCCCUCCGAUGACGAGUCCUCGUCGGACGACGAGCAGAUAGACGCGCCGGCCUGGGCGUCCCAGCGGGAUUUAGAUGAGGCCGUCGCGGCCUUCGACGCCUGGGUUCAGCCUGAUGAAACCGAGCGACGCCGGGCGGACGACCUCUUCGCACGCAUCACGCAAACAAUAAACGAAGUGGACCCCUUCGCGCGCGUCGAAUUGCGGGGCAGCCGCGCGAGCGGCUGCGCGUUGUUUGAUGCGGAUGUCGAUGUGGUUGUGGAGGUAAUGCUGACCCUCGAGGCCGUCGCCGAGGCGUUGGGAGAGGCGGAAUGGAGUCGGGGCGCCGAACUGAUCCGGGCGCGCGUGCCCAUCGUCACGGGCAAGGACGCUUCAACAAACCUCGCGUUCGACGUCGCCACGACCCAGGACGCGGCGCGCCAGGCCGCGCACGCCUACGGCAGCGAUUUGAAUGAUGCGUCGUUCGCGCAACACCGGCCGCCGCACUUCGCCUCGACCGUACGGCUCUGCAAAGUUGUGUUAAGGCAGACCGGCCUCGGCGGCGCCUACGGCGGUGGGCUCGGCUCCUUCGCGCUGUGCGCGCUGGUCUUUGACAUCCUGCGGCGCGCGUCGCACGGGACGCCGGGCAGCGCCGCGCUCGGUGCGUUGCGGGGCCUCGGGUCCGUGCACACGUACGGGCGGCCUGUACACCUCGGCGCCGCAGUUGUCGACGUGAAUCUGGACGACCCGGCGGCCCUCGCAGCGGCGUUUGCGCGCGCCGCCGAUGCGCCGACGCUCGGCGCCAUGCUCGACGUACCCGGGCUCGCGCGGACGCGCCGGCGCUUCCGCCGGCGGGGCGACGACCGCGCGUCUGCCGCGCCCCGUCCCGAUCGCGGGGUGAAACGACCGCGCGCGUAGGUGUGACGGCGGCGAGGGCCUGCUUCGCGUGCGCGACAUGCGAGAAGUGCGGCCAGCGGUACUGCUCGCCGCUCUGCCGCGACCGCGCGUUCCUCGCGCACGCGGCCGCGUGCGGGGGCUUGACGACGUCGACGGCGUGCCCGGUGUGCGAGCAGGAGCUGCGGCCGUGCUCGAUGUGCGCGCUCCGCGCCUCCUCUGUGUGAUUUUGUAACGAC